AUGACGGGCUCGGUCAAAGACAUGAUCCGCUCCAUCCGGAGCUGCAAGACGCCCGGAGAAGAGCGGGCAGUGAUCGCACGCGAGUGUGCAGACAUUCGCAGCGCCCUGAGCAGCAGCUCCUCGUCAGAUCGGCGGAAGAAUAUCGCCAAACUGCUGCUGAUACACCUCAUGGGCUACUCGACCAACUUCGGACAGGUGGAAUGCAUAAAAUUGGUUGCGUCUAACAAAUUCGUCGACAAACGGCUGGGGUAUCUCGCGCUGAGCCUGCUGCUCACCGAGGAUACGGAUGUGCUGACUUUGGCCAUCAACUCCAUCAAGAUGGACCUCAACGGCACCAACUCCUACGCCGCGGAGGCAGCGCUGACGGCGCUGUCGAACAUCGGCAGCCAGGAGAUGUUCCAGGAACUGUUUUACGACCUGGAGCGGUUAAUGAAGUCACCUGCUGUGAACGUACGCAAGAAGGCAGUGGUGUGUGCGGCGCGCAUGCUAAGGAAGCUGGGACAGGCCAACCUCAUACCAGGCCCGGAGGCACUGGAGGUGGCUACAAAUUACGUACACGUCAUACCUUCGUUGCUCGGUGACGCUAAUCAUGGCGUGGUUGCGGCGGGGCUGUCCAUAUUGUCGGUGCUUAUUGACUACUUCCCACAGUGUUGCAACUUCCCCUCGAUAUACGAGCUGCUCAUCAAGACACUGCAUGUGCUGUGCAACGAGAGCACUGGAGGGUUCGGUAUGAUGUUUGGAGGGGGCAGGGAAUACGAGAUCAACGGGGUAAACGAUCCGUUCCUCAAGGUGAAGCUGUUGGCGCUAAUUAAGCGGGUCUUCGCCAAGUGCCGUGAUCAGGUGCCGGGGAACCAGCAGCUCUACGACAUAGUUGCACAGGUCGUCAAAACUACAUCCAUUUCGAACAAUGCGUCCAACUCGUUGUUGUACGAAUGCGUUCGGACCAUCUACAGCGAGGUGCACGACCCCAAGUUCAACCAGCUGGGUAAGGACGUGGUGCAGAAGUUCAUCUCAACCAACGAUAACAACGUCAAGUAUAUCGCGCUAGGUAUACUGAAUAACCUGGUUGACGUGUCGCUUACGGUCGGCGACAAUUACUGGACGAUCCUCGUCCAGUCGCUGCGCCAGCCGGACGUAUCGAUUCGCCGCCGGGCCCUAGAAGUGGCGCUCAAACUCCUGUCGAGGGAAACGCUGAAACCGCUGAUGCAGCAUCUAUACGACUUCCUCAUCGCCGCCAACAGCGAUCUGAAGCGAGAGAGCAUAACGAAGAUCGCGGCUGCGCUGGAGAAGCACGCCGAAUCCGACUUCUACCGACUAGAAAUCAUGGUCAAGAUUUUUUCCAUCGCCGGAAACUGCGUACCUGACACGAUUUUACAUUCAUUUAUCGCAGCGGUGGGAUCCGCGACAGCUGAUACGCAGAUUCGUAUCACAACCAAGCUUUACUACCUCCUGUCGAACAACCUGGGGCAGGAUGCGCUUGUGCGUGCCGCGCUCUGGUGCUUCGGCGAAUACGCGCACCUCUUGCCUGAACUGGAUAAGGUCGACGUGACACCGACAUCCUCUGUAAGGCCGACAACAGAGACGCCCGAAGAGAGCAAGCCAGUGAGCGACAAUCUCAUCGACGUGUUCGACAGCAUCCCGGCGACUGAGCCAGUGAAGGCAACAUCGGAUCCCGUAAGCAGUGGAGAGGAAUGCGCCAGCACUGCGGCCAACAUUGUUACGGCUGUGGAAGCGGUUGGGAAACAUGUGCUUACGUGCUCGGCGGCAGCAACCGAAUCCUGCACCAACGGGGAAUACCUGCUCACCUGCGCUGCCUGGCUGAGCUGCAGGCUGCCUUCGCAGAGUGAAAGGGUACUCCGCCUAAUACGCAAGUUCAAGAAACACCCCAAGACCGAGUUGCAGCAGAGGGCGUGCGAAAUGGACGUUAUGUGUGAACUUGGUGCUCUGCCGAUGGUGCUGGGCAUCGAUGGCAGUAAAAUACCGGACACGCUCUACACUCCUUCUGUGGAUGUUACGACCUCGGCCGCAGAGUUGCUGCUGCCGCGCGAGGCUGUGCAGUCACGCGGCGCCACCGACGACCUGCUGGGUCUCACGCAGCUGCCGUCGCCAAAAACGCAAUCGAAAAACCAGCUGGAAACGCUGGACUUUGUAUCAUUCGACUACAACACGAACGCUGACAAAACUACCAAGGGUAACGAUGAGUUCGGGCAGUUCGACCCGUUUUAA